AUGUCCGACCUACAUUUCAGCGUGGUAAAGGGCGUCGAUAUUACCGAUGCUCAUGUCGCAGCAUGCACUGACCUAUUUGGUGCACACUACGGAGUUUGGAGUAGUCGGGCUGCCGAGCAAAAUCCUCAUUUGAAACCUGCACAUACAACUCUUGCGCUUUGCACCCUUAAUGACGGUACCCUUGUCGGCCAUGCCUUUGCGACUCAGUGGAACUACAGUAAUGGACUUGUUAGUUGGGUUACACAGCUCGUGGUACAUUCAAAACAUCGUCGCAGAGGAAUCGCAACGAUGCUUCUCCACAUGCUACGUAACGGAUCAGGUUCCUCUGCAUUUGGAUUGGUUUCUUCUCAUCCUGGGGCUUGUAUUGCUUUAUCAGCAAUUGGAGAUCGUCAUUGGAUCAACAAUAUUGAUCUUGACUUCAUCCGUCAUAACACUCCGGGUAUGUUAUCGGCAACGCCGGUGGAUUACCUCAAGGAUGCUCAACUUCGGGGAUUGCUUUUUGAGGAACGGCCCAUUGCUGGGACAAUCUCUUCCAUCGAUACAAAGUUUUAUGUCAAUCGUGAUGAGCCACUGGCUGUUCUGAAAGCACAUGUUGCAUCGUCAGGAUCGUGGCCCUUGGGUGAGCUGCUCGAAGGCCAUGAGUUCUUGAUCGUUGUCAAGGUUCCCUCUCUCUAG